AGUCCAUGCGCGGGACCAUAUGGACCAUAUAGCGCGCGCGCGCAGUGAAAGGUGACAUUCCCAUGGCCAGAACCAGCGCGGACGGGCAGAAUAACAGCAAACUGGACUCUUUCCUGAAGAGAAACACCAGUCGGGAUGUCUACGAGCGAAUCCGAGUGUCCGAGCCGUGUGUGGUGGUGUCGGGAUCGGUCAAGAAGGUGUUUAUGCAUGUGAUUUUGAGCGACGAGUGCGUGUAUUUGAGCGAGUAUCACCCGCGCGCGCUGCGAGAGGCGCUCAGUUUCAGACACAUCACGAGCAUCGAGCUGAUCAAUGAUUUGCCUGAUUUUCUGAGUGGACAGGACCGUGAGCGAUCUCUCCACAUCCGUGUUGUUUAUACCACAAAGAAUGCUGGGAAAAAGAGCGAGAGACCUAAAGGAUCCAGCAAGAGACCUGAAUCUCCAUCACGAGCACACAACUCUGCCCGUCACUCUCUGGAUGCAGGAGUGAAUGCGCUUCUCCUGUCAGCAUCUGAAUCCUCCAGCUGGAGAAUCUCUCCUUCAUCAUUGAGUGACAGCGCUCUGGAAGAAGAAGAAGAGGAAGAAGCAGAAAGUGUGAUUCCUAAAAGACGUUCAGCCUCCUGUCCGAACCCAGUAGUGCCACGUCUGUUUAGUUCCUCCCCUGCUUCUCUUCUGCCAAACAUCAGCAAUAAUGAGCACAGAUGGAGGAAAAGCCCUGAAGCGUUCAGUCACAGGGGUUCAGUCCUGAGCAGAGCCAUGAGGAGAACAACAACAACAACAGACAAGCAGAAAGAUGAGGAGAAAGAGGAAGAGCUGCACCUUUAUGCUGUUUCUCCAUCCUCACGGAUAUUCCUUCACCUCCAGAGCUCCUGGAGCAGCUACAUCAUAAGAUCAACUUUGAUGCUGGACCCAGUCUACAUGAAGAAAUGUGGCCUGUCCUCCUCUUCUCCUCAGAAAUCGAUAAAUCAUAAGAUCAGUUGGGAACGGACGUGUCAGUUGUUCGGUCAGUUGAGUGGAGAGCUGCUCCAGGAGAACAUCAGUCUGGAGAGUCUGUAUUUACUGCUGCAGGAACUGCGCACCGCCACAUACCGAAACCCCACCAUUAAAAAACUCUUCUGGAGGUCUCCUGACCUUUAUCCUUUCCUGGUGAAAACUCUGUCUGAGAGCUCUCAGGGGGAGCAGGGAGGCGUUCACACAGCUGACAGACUUCUGCUUUGCACUGUCGUGGUUCAGAUAUUAAGCCUGAUGUUCAGGGAAACGGAGAUCGAACCAAAGAGGCUCAGCAUGUUGUCGGCCAAAAAAGGGGAUCUUACGGCAAACAUGCUGCUCGCUUUAGUGUGUGAUCCAGAUCUUCAGCUGCCAGACACUACUAACGGCACCAAAUCUUCAAUUAAUAAGCUGCAGAGUCUGCAGGCAGACUAUCUGGAUGCAGCAUCUGCUCUGCUGUUUGAGGUGGUUGUGCUCUGUCAGGAGGCAAGUCGCACACCUGCUCUGGGACAUUUCCUUACCAUUGGCUGGGUGUUUCGAUUGCUUAAACCACAUCCAUACUUACUGCCGUUUGUUGGAUAUCAAGCCCAGCAGGCGGUUCUGGUUCUCUCAGGCCCGCAGUUUCCCAUCAGCCCCUCUCAGGCGGUUCUUCUGUACCAGCGAUGCUGUGUUUUAUUAGCCUGCCUGCAGCACAGCCCCUGUUUGAGCAAAUACAUCAGGACAGGAUUCAAGGAGGAGUUCAGGUACUAUGUGAAGACUUCAGAUCUGGAGGACAAACUUCCCGAUCACUAUCCCAUCAGUCAACCUGCCCAGCGGCUUCUUUCCCAGCUCCUCAGUGUCGUCCUAGAGAAACCCUGAGCUUAUUAUCCAGCAUCUAUCCUGAAUUUCUGAUGUGCAAAUAUGCCUUUGGAUGUCUAUGCUGCACUUUAUGACUGGAUUAAACUCUCGUAUUGUGUCUUACUGUGUGUUGAACAGAGACUGCAGGACUCCACUCUGUUUAGCAUAUCGCCUUUGUCUACUCUCAGGAUUAAAUUUACUGUAAUAUGUGUAAAAUAUCAAAGAAUUAUUGGGAAAUCAUCGCAGAGCACCAUGUGUGGAACUAUUUGUUAUUGUGUGUGAUAAAAUGAACAUAUUGCACUUUUCAUUCAACAAUUUAGAAGAAGAGCACUCUGAUGUAUUAGAUUAAU